GCAGCCGUAUCAGCGGCGUCUGGUGGUGCGCGUCUGGGUGGGUGUUCACUGGGAACUCUGUUGCUGUCUGUACGUGUCAUUUCACUUCGUCCACAGUAUGGAUAACCCAACGCCCUCCACCGCGGACGAAAGCUCCGACUCCGAAAAGAUCUUGAAAGCGGUUGCCGAGAAGCUGCGCAAUUGCAUCGAGCAAGUGUUGCGGGCGUCGCAGGAGAAGCCCCGCCGCUUCGUCGAGACAGUAGAGCUGCAGAUUAAGCUGCAGAAUUACAACGCCAGAAAAGACAAAUGCCUUCGGGGAGACAUCAGGCUGCCCCACAUACCGCGCAAGAAGUUGGCAGUGUGCGUCAUCGGAAAUAAAGCCCAAUGUGAUGAGGCCAAAAGCCACCAACUGAGUGCUGUUCCCGAUGAAAUUUUAAAAGGGAAGACGAAAAAAGGACAAACGAUGAAAAAAAUUGUUGAGAAAUAUCGUGUAUUCAUGGCGACUGAGCCUGUGAUAAAGAAGAUUCCACGUAAUAUGGCCAAUGACAUGGACAAGAAGGGCAAGUUACCCGUAGUUCUUGGCGAAGAGGAGCCGAUGCAGGCCAAGCUUGAAGAAGUUCGGACCACAGUCACUUUUAGAGUGAAGGCACCAUUGAUUGGUGUUCCUGUUGGGAACGUCUCAAUGACCCCAGAGGAGCUGACCGAGAACAUCAACAUUGUUAUCAAACACAUAUUGGCUACCUUGGAGCAGCACAAGCUGGUCGUUCGUUCCAUGCAUACCAAGUCUACCAUGGGUCCCUCCCAAAAACUCUACUGAAACCUUUUCUCACAACCAGCAUAUUCUUACUCAUUACCAAUAAAUGAUCUAUAUGUUACGUGCA